CCCACACAGAGAGGUGUAGUAUCACAUCCGUGGAACCCCCACCACUGCCCCCACACCACCACCAUUGCUCCCACCGUCUCAACCACCUCCACUACUGCUGUCAACAUCAUUAUCCAAUCUGGAGGAACAGAGGCUGGGGAAAGGCAGUAAAGAGAGAGCAAAGGGAGGUAACAAUUCCAAAUAAGUAUGGAAAUUAAUAGUGCUUUCAGAGUGUUUUGGAAAUCAAGGGAAUGGAAUGUGAGAAAGUCGACAUUUAAUUCAGACCAGGAAAUACCACUUUCAUUGAGAAGAAGGUAUUUUAAGAGGAAGAAAAAGGGCAGACCAUCCAGAGACUCUGAAGAGUAUGAUAAGCAACAGGUCGGUGAUCACAUGAUAACAUUUCCCUGUUCCAUAUGCAAGCACGAAAUUGACGUACGUGAAAUUUUCCUCCAUAAAAAGCAACAUGUGGCUUGGGCCACCCUGGGGUUUCAGUGGAUGGGUGGAAAGAAACCAGGGCCCUCAGUGAUUGCCAUUCAGAGACAGCUCAUAAUCGCUAAACUAUUGUCAUCUUCUAGAUUCACUGAAAAAAUCCUACAGAGCAUUAACAAUGCUUUUGAGCUACUUUGGAAGAAACAAAUACCAGCAUACUAUAAGAUUGUUGACAGCAUUCAUAGGAGUUCCACACAUCCUCAAACUAUCUGUCAUCUAUUGAUUAAAGGUGUCGCCAUUUGUGAAGAUAGAAAUUCUACAUGGAGAGCUGACAUGAAUGAUAAAUUCACUGUAGUGAACAAUUUUGGCAAUAAACACAAUGUGUGUUUCUUUGGUUUGUUUGAUGGACAUCACGGUGUCUCAGCAGCAGAGCUGACAUCAGUUGAACUCCCAGUUUUACUUCUCCAUCAACUUUCCAGAUUCGAUCCUUCCUACCAAAUGACCCCUGAAGAGCAAAACAUAAUCGGAUCCUUUCACACAGUGUUUAGAGAAGAAUACAUAGCUAUCGAAGAACUUUUCUCCUCCAUAACGAAAAAGACAAAAACAUUGAAAUGUGAGUAUGAGAACAUACACAAAGCCUUUGCAAAAGCAUUUUGGAGAAUGGACAGGCUUUUACGUCUUGGAAGGAAAGAAGUAUCCAGGGUUCGAUGGAGUGGCUGUUCUGCAGUUACUUGUAUACUGGAAGGCAACAUUAAAAAUCCCUAUGCUGAGAAGAGAAUCCAUAAGCGUGUUAGUGUGGCCGAGAGUUUCCCUUCCCAGAUGAUGCCACAGAUAAUUUCCGGAGUAUUGCAUAUUGCAAACACUGGUAAUGUACAAGCAGUCUUAUGCAGAAAUGGAAAAGGCUUUUGCAUAACCAAAGAACACACUACGCGAAACGUAACCGAAAGAAGGAGGUUACUUCAGAAUGGAGCGAUGAUUAGUUCAAACGAACCACAUGGGCUCCUAGAAGGGCAAAUAAAAACCACACGAGGACUUGGGUUUCAUGGAAAUCUCAAACUGAAGAAAUCCAUUAUUCCAGCACCUCAUACUAUCUCUGUCCCUAUAGAUGACUUAUGCCAAUUCCUUAUUUUAGCUACUCAUGGACUCUGGGAAGUUCUGGAUACAAAGGAAGUCACUGCACUGGCAAUGACAAUGUUUCAAGUGUAUAAAGAAACCUGUUUUGUCAAGCAAAACAAAUCUUUACCAUCCAAAGAGCCUCUGCUUUUCCCAAUCAAUGAACCAAGUAAUACUAAAUCAGAAAGUAAUAUCCAUAUACUAUUUCAGUAUAAACCUGAAUCUACAAAAUGUGUGUCAACUACAAAUUCAAAAGAAAAUGUAUCUGAUUCAAAAUGUUCUAAUUCUCAAAACGCACAAACAUUUCCAUCAGAAAUGACUAAUCACGAUCUUUGCAGUGAGAAAGAAACCGAAGGACCAACCAGUGCAAAUGAUGGGCCAAAAGAUUCAAGUGAAAAAGAAAAAGAAUCAUGCACUAAAAAUUUCUAUGAAGGUGCAGCCAAGUAUAUUAGCCAUGAACUUGUGAACGCUGCUUUAGUGGCUGGCUCCAGAGACAACAUUACAGUCAUGGUAAUACUUCUCAGUGGAAGUGAGGAUCAGUUUUUGACAUAACAGUUAAAGUUCCGAUUAUCCAGAAUAUGAAAACGUACAGACAAUUCUUCAAAGACCCAGAUAUUAGGAUCAUACAUCAAUACCAUGCAAAUCAUUUUUACAAAUGUAUUAAAGAAACUAUAAAAGCAUAUUUUAGGUUACAUCAUACCAUUUAUACAUGUUCACUGUUCCGUGUCAAAAAAAGAGAAAAACCAGUGCUUGCUUUUUAUACCACUUUAUUCCAACCUGAGCACCUCAAUAGAAAACUAAACACUGGUGAACUGUCCUCCUUACUAAUUCUGAAUUACUGUAGAUGUACAAGUUCUGCUAGCAGUUCAACACUUAAAUAGAUUAAAUCAUCUCUGACACAUGGUAGAUUUCAUAUAAUGAAAAUACCUAAAACAAUUAGUGCAAUAUACUGAACUGAUCAAAAUAAAAUGAACUUUGGAAAACAA